AUACUUUUCAGUCUCACAGCAACUUUAAGUCGCAUUAGCUAGCCGGCAGCUCGAACAUUUUCUCAGCGGGCAGUUCCGAUGUGUUAUCGGUCGCAAACGGGUGAACCGGAGGUUGAACAUAAGCGGCGUUCCAGCUGUAUUCGUCUCGGGAUGAACAAUCCGUGAGCUGUUUGGCAUUUGGAUAUUUCGCAGGAUUCCGGUGUGUCCGUGUGCGGUCCACGUACGAGAAGCCCCGAAUAAGAAAAAAAAGUGCUCUCGAGUAGCGCGCGUCGGGAGUCAAAGCUAGCGGAACCCCGCACAACACCCACAACAGGAUGGAGGCGGAUGAUGCCGCUUUCGAUGGGAUUCUCGAGAAGGUUGGCAGCGAUGGCAGGUUCCAGCGUCGGUUCAACCUUAUCUUCAACGUGGGAGCAGUUAUGUUUGCCUCGAUGUCCUACAUGAGCAUCAUCCUGGUGCUGAACAAACCCCAACACAACUGUCACGUUCCCGGGAUGGAGCGGUACAACAUUACCGAUGCGGACCAGUGGAGGAAUCUAACGUUGCCAAGGGAAGAGAACAAUAAAGGGAUCCUCAGUUACAGCAAAUGUCAGAUGUACAAUGUAACGGAGGAACACCUCAGAAUGGAUUACACCGAAUGGAGCUUCCAGCAGUCGGACAUUAUCGAUUGCGCCUAUGGCUACGAGUACGAUCGGACCUAUUACGACCACACGCCCAUCACCGAACACGACUGGGUAUGCGACAAGAGCUUCCGGGAGACAAAUAUUUUUGUGUACAACCGGUUCGGUGAGCUGAUUGGAACGUUCAUCUUCGGCCAGCUGGGCGAUACCAUCGGUCGACGACCAGUUUUCUACUUCAGUGUUUUCAUCAUCACCGCCGGGAGACUUAUUUCCAUGUUCACGGCAUCGAUCUACAUCGUGUUCAGCAUUGCAGCCGUCCUCGGAUCGCUGACAGCGAAUUCCAUUUUCCAGGCACCUUUAAUCAUAGCAAUGGAAAUAUCGAAAAGUGAACGACGCGGCUACAUUUCCAUGAUGCAAUGUAUUGGGUGGACGACCGGACUCUGCAUCAUGCCGUUGGUGUUCUGGGCGACACGCGACUGGUUCUGGGCGUUGUUGUUCACCACCAUUCCGAUAUUUUUGUUUGUCUUCAUUCCACAAUACCUGAUUGAGUCCCCUCGGUGGCUGGCAACUCGAGGGCACUACCGCCGCUCGAUGCGGGAACUGCGGAAAAUUGCCACCGUCAACGGGAUUCGCCAGCUGCCGUUCGAUGAGCACAUGCUGGAGAAGAUUUUAUCACACCGCAAAGUGGAGACCGUCUACGGAAUGGCGUCCCUAUUCAGUGGCUGGCGGAUGGCGAAAAAUUCAAUUCUCUGCAUCUGCUGCUGGAUUGUCGCCAGCAUCACCUACUUCACGCUGGUGCUGCUCAGUUCCAGAAUGGAUGGCAACCCGUUCCUCAAUUUUCUGUGGCAAAGCGCUAUCGAGCUGCCGGCUUACAUGGUCGGCCAGAUUCUAUCGGAUCGACUAGGAAGACGCUUCUCCAACUGCCUGGCAUUCUCCAUGGCGGCUUCGAUCUGCGUGCCGAUCCUGAUGAUAGUCCGCAAUUCCGAGUACGAAUUCGUCACCUUGAUGUUAACCAUUGCCAUCAAAUUCUGCGUCAGUAUUAAUUUCUUUGCCGUAAAUCUGCAGUCGCUGGAGAUUUAUCCGACGUGUCUGCGGCAGACGGGACUGGCAUUUGCUGCAAUAAAUGCUAACUUAUUCGGCGUUUUGGGUCCGUAUGUGGUUUAUUUGGGAUCGGAGUACGACGUGCGCUAUCCGUUCCUGGUGAUUGGACUGUUGUCCAUGUUUGCGGCGGUGUGUGCUUCAUUCCUGCCGGAGACGUUACACCAAGCCCUGCCGGAGUCGAUCGAACAGGCGCAGAAAUUCGGCAAGGAUCAACCAUUUUGGUCGCUACCGAAGCGGCCCAAAAAAGUUGAACUCAGCCCAGAAUUUGGAAGGCAGAUGGAGGAAGGAAUCAAACUCAAGGAGUCGGAGAUUAGGAAAAGCAUGGGCACUGAUUAAUCUUAGUUUUAUUCGUUUUAAUAUAACGUUGGUUUGGUUGGAGAAA